AUGAAGGCGCUCAAAGAUGGCAUUGACAGUGAGGCGCAGACAAACAACCAAUCUAUGGGCUGCAAGAUUGGUUAUAACAGAAAAGAUGUUUCCCAGCAUCCACAACGAGGCAAACUUGAUAGAAAAAUAGUUGUUGACGAUGAUGGCUCUAAGCCGGGGCCUGAGGCGUACACAAAGCAGGCAAAAGCACGAGCGAGGCGCUCAAAGAUGGCGUUGGCAGUGAGGCUAAGGCAAACAACCUGUCUAUGGGCUGCGGGAUUGGUGAUGAUAGAAACGAUGUUGCCCAGCAUGCACAAUGAGACAAAUGUCAUGGAAAAUAGUUUCGAUGGCUUAACCGAUGGGCAACAUGGAGCUGAGGGCUCGGGGAUACACAAAGCAAGCAAAAGCAUGAGCGAGGCACUCAAAGAUGGCGUUGGCAGUGAAGCGCAGGCAAACAACAAGUCUAUAGGCUGCAAGAUUGCUCACAAUGUGGCAAACUUCAUGGAAAAUAGUUGUUGA